UCAGCGCACCCUCUCCAGCCCUUCAGCUCGGCGCUGGGCAGGGAGGGCGGGGGCAGAGGCCAGGCGGCGCAGAAGCUGAGCCGCCCGAGCCUCAAGGAAGACGCACCCGGCCCUUAAACACGGGAAGCAAAUGAGGUGAAGCUGGGCGGCUGGGGAAGGGAGGGGCCGGGGCGCGUCUCUAGGCUGAGACCGAGCCAGCCAGUGAGCGGCGCCGAGGAGAGGGAGGAGCACAUCUCGGUGCAGAGAUGCUGCAGUGAACCGGCGGCACACACGCGCACACACACGCACACGCGCACACGCGCGCCCUCGCAAGCCGCUGCACCAGGACGGCAGCGAGCGCUGGGGCUGAGGGAGCGGAGCGGAGGAGGGCGGCCCGGGGCCGGCAGACCGGCUGGCUCGGCUCCCCGGCGUGACCGGCGUCCCCCUUCCUCGGCCAACACCCUCCUUGCAUCCCAGGUCCCUCUCGGCCUCCAGCCGGAUGCUCCCUGUGCUGGGCUGAGGCUCAUCUCCGCUGCCCGCCCCAACCUGUAGUGCCCACCAUGGGGACGCCCCUCGGGAGGAAAGCACGCCUGCUGAUGCUGGUAGCUGUGGGCCUCGUCUCCACGCCAGCUUGGAGCUCGGCUUGGGGAUCCCCAGCUACCUUUGGGCCUGUCUUUGAAGAGCAGCCCCUUGGCCUGCUAUUCCCAGAGGAGUCCACAGAGGAGAAGGUGACGCUGGCGUGCCGCGCGCGGGCCAGCCCUCCGGCCACCUAUAGGUGGAAGAUGAACGGCACCGAGAUGAAGCUGGAGCCAGGCUCCCGCCAGCAGCUGGUUGGAGGCAACCUGGUCAUCAUGAACCCCAGCAAGGCCCAGGAUGCUGGCGUCUACCAGUGCCUGGCCUCCAACCCCGUGGGCACUGUCGUCAGCAGAGAGGCUGUCCUCCGCUUCGGCUUUCUGCAGGAAUUCUCCAAGGAGGAGCGAGACCCAGUGAAGACCCACGAAGGCUGGGGGGUGAUGCUGCCCUGUAACCCGCCCGCCCACUACCCAGGCUUGUCCUACCGCUGGCUCCUCAAUGAGUUCCCCAACUUUAUCCCGACGGAUGGGCGGCACUUCGUGUCCCAGACCACAGGGAACCUGUACAUCGCCCGGACCAACGCCUCGGACCUGGGCAACUACUCCUGCCUGGCCACCAGCCACAUGGACUUCUCCACCAAGAGCGUCUUCAGCAAGUUUGCUCAGCUCAACCUGGCCGCAGAAGACACCAGGCUUUUUGCUCCCAGCAUCAAGGCCCGGUUCCCAGCAGAGACCUACGCGCUGGUGGGACAGCAGGUCACCCUGGAGUGCUUCGCCUUCGGGAACCCCGUCCCCAGGAUCAAAUGGCGCAAAGUGGACGGCUCCCUGUCCCCGCAGUGGGCCACGGCCGAGCCUACCCUGCAGAUCCCCAGCGUGGGCUUCGAGGACGAGGGCACCUACGAGUGUGAGGCGGAGAACACCAAGGGCCGCGACACCGUCCAGGGUCGCAUCAUCGUGCAGGCUCAGCCCGAGUGGCUCCGCGUGAUCUCAGACAGGGAGGCUGACAUCGGUUCCGAUCUCCACUGGGCGUGCGCGGCCGCCGGCAAGCCCCGGCCGGCAGUGCGCUGGCUGCGGAACGGGGAGCCUCUGACCUCCCAGGCCCGGGUAGAAGUGCUGGCCGGGGACUUGCGGUUCUCCAAGCUGAGCCUGGAGGACUCUGGCAUGUACCAGUGCGUGGCAGAGAACAAGCACGGUACCAUUUAUGCCAGCGCCGAGCUGGCGGUGCAAGCGCUUGCCCCCGACUUCAGACUGAACCCCGUAAGGCGUCUGAUCCCUGCAGCCCGAGGAGGAGAGGUCGUGAUCCCCUGUCAGCCCCGGGCCGCUCCCAAAGCCGUGGUGCUCUGGAGCAAAGGCACUGAGAUUUUGGUCAACAGCAGCAGAGUGACUGUGACUCCGGAUGGCACCUUGAUCAUAAGAAACGUCAGUCGGUCCGAUGAAGGCAAAUACACCUGCUUUGCUGAGAACUUCAUGGGGAAAGCCAACAGCACAGGCACCCUGUCUGUGCGAGAUGCAACCAAAAUCACGCUAGCCCCCUCGAGCGCCGACAUCAACUUAGGUGACAACCUGACCCUGCAGUGCCACGCCUCCCACGACCCCACCAUGGACCUCACCUUCAUCUGGACCCUGGAUGACUUCCCCAUCGACUCUGACAAACCUGGGGGUCAUUACCAAAGGGCCAGCAUGAAGGAGACGGUUGGGGAUCUGACCAUCCUGAAUGCCCAGCUGCGCCACGGCGGGAAGUACACAUGCACGGCCCAGACAGUGGUGGACAGCGCGUCUAAGGAGGCCACGGUCCUGGUCCGAGGUCCGCCAGGUGCCCCAGGAGGCGUGGUGGUGAGAGACAUUAGCGACACCUCUGUCCAGCUCAGCUGGAGCCGUGGCUUUGACAACCACAGCCCCAUUGCCAAGUACACCCUGCAAGCUCGCACUCUGCCUUCAGGGAAGUGGAAGCAGGUUCGGACUAAUCCCGCCAACAUCGAGGGAAACGCUGAGACUGCCCAGGUGCUGGGCCUUACGCCCUGGAUGGACUACGAGUUCCGGGUCUUAGCCAGCAACAUCCUGGGCACUGGGGAGCCCAGUGGACCCUCCAGCAAAAUCCAGACCAAGGAAGCAGCCCCCUCGGUAGCCCCGUCGGGUCUCAGCGGAGGUGGUGGAGCGCCGGGAGAGCUCACCGUGACCUGGACGCCCAUGUCCCGGGAGUACCAGCACGGAGGCGGCUUCGGCUACCUGGUGUCCUUCCGCAGGCAGGGCGGCACCAGCUGGCAGACCGCGAGGGUGCCCGGCGCCGACGCCCAGUACUUCGUCUACAGCAACGACAGCGUCCGGCCCUACACGCCCUUUGAAGUCAAGAUCCGCAGCUACAACCGCCGCGGGGACGGGCCCGAGAGCCUCGUGGCCGUCGUGUACUCGGCCGAGGAAGAGCCCAGGGUGGCCCCUCCCAAGGUCUGGGCCAAAGCGGUCUCGUCCUCGGAGAUGAACGUGAGCUGGGAACCCGUGCAGCAAGACAUGAACGGUAUCCUCCUGGGGUACGAGAUCCGCUACUGGAAGGCCGGCGCCAAAGCAGCGGCGGCUGAGCGAGUGAGGACUGCAGGGCUGGACACCAGCGCCCUGGUCACAGGCCUGCACGCCAGCACCAAGUACCACGUGACUGUGCUGGCCUACAACCGGGCCGGCACCGGGCCCGCCAGCCCCUCUGCCAACGCCACGACCAUGAAGCCGCCUCCACGGCGACCCCCUGGCAACAUCUCCUGGACUUUCUCGAGCUCCAGCCUGAGUAUCAAGUGGGACCCUGUAGUCCCGCUGGGUAAUGAGUCUGCAGUCACCGGCUACAAGAUGCUGUACCAGAACGACCUACACCCGACUCCCACGCUGCACCUCACCAGCAAGAACUGGAUAGAAAUCACAGUUCCCGAGGACAUCGGCCACGCCCUGGUGCAGAUUCGGACCACAGGGCCAGGAGGCGACGGGGUCCCGGCAGAGGUUCACAUCGUGCGGAACGGAGGCACCAGCAUGAUGGUGGAGAGCUCCGCGGUCUGUCCAGCCCCACAUCCAGACACCGCCCUCACCCACUCCGUGGCAGCGCUUGUCCUCUUAGGCUACCUGCAGCUCUGAUCUUGGCGCCCUGCCUCCCCGCCACAGCUGGGCACCCACCUCGAUGGACAGCCAGCUGGCCCCAGUCCCUUCCCGAUGCCAAGGUGGCCCAGCGCUGUGCCUGAGAAUGGCUGGUUUCAAACACUGACUGUAUUACAGAGCCCUUUUCGUAGGAGGUAGGAUAUGUCAUAUUCUGCCACAGGAUAGAACCCAUGCAAGGAUUUUUUUUUAAUCGAGAGGCACCAGGCAGUAACUUCCAUGAUGAUACUGAACCCUAGGCCUGGGCCCUCUAGGGUGCCUGCAUGGAAGGCAGGAAGAAGGGGGUUAAACGUGUAUCUGUGUAUCAGCGGAGAUGGCACUCUGGGACCGCAUAUGGACUCCGGCCCAGACGGCAGAAUCCUAAGCCCGGGAACACUGGACAGGAACAGGCUGAAGUGGGCCAAAGCAUCAACCGGAGCGUCGCUCAGUCUAAGGAGCAGUCCCAACCUGAAGACUGGGACUCUUCUUUCUCCUCUGACAGGGCAGCGUGGCUGGACCCUGACAUUGUCCCUGAGGACUCCCUGGAGGCCCCCGCCACCCGCCCGCACGGCUGAGAACCAGUGUCCUGGUGUCAGCCCGGCAGCCUGAGCCCCGCAGCUCUGGGUGGCCGUGCUCCCAACUGCUGGGUGGGAGCUCCGAAGGGCUGAGAGGCUGGGCCUCCUGCUGGAAAGCUGCACCGGACUUGGCCUGAGGCACAGUCACACCUUAGGUGUUGCCACCCUCGUAGCCAACACUGCCAACCCGACCCUGUCACCCCGAGUGACAGAAGCCACGACAGGUGGCUGGUGACUAAAGGGCUGGUCUUGGGGAGGUCCCCUACCACACCAAGACCCAUCCUGCACGGUCCUGCCAGGGUCUGGGCAGGAGGUGGGACAGCCUUUGUGACCCACCGGCUUCGUCCCACAGAACGAGAGCAGGCAUCCUGUGUCUGCAGCCAGGCACCUUCUGAGAAGCCCAGAGGAUAAAUGCGGCCCUGCCCGCUCCCAGGAACGCCCCGGGCCCCCACGCGGCCUCGGGUGCUGCUCUGCAUUUCCCCUGAAGAUGAGGGGGCAAGUAAAUGGGGCCCCCUGGCCUGCUCUUGGGCUGUGGUGCCAGUCCUGGCACAUCGGAGCUGGAAGAGGCUUAGACCUCAGCGUGCCCAGGCCCCUCAGCUUGCCCAGGCCCCUGCUCUACCGGGAGGAAGCAGAGGUUGGGAGGAGCAGGGCCUGCCUCCGGUCACACAGCCCGCCAGGAAUGGGGCGCAAAUGGCCCUCUUCUCCCACCGGUCCCAGGCCCAUCAUCUGCCGAGGAAGGGGGCCAUGCUGAACGGCCAUGACCUGGUUAAGGUGGUCAAGAAGGGCAGAGGGGGCUGUGAAGAUCCUGCUCAGGAGGCUCCGGUGGGUGACGGUGGGGUGAUCGGCAGGGCUGGCUUCCGCCCACGGCAUGUGCAGAGUGCCAGAGGUCCCGUCUUCCUUUGCCUCCUGAGCUGGCUUCUGCUGGGCCCUCAACACGCAGUGCUGGCUUGGAGCCCCCUGCGCCCCUUACUUACCCUUGCUU